CUGAGAGCUUGUUUUACACGAACAUUUUAGAGGUCGGACCGUGUUGUGUCCUGCUCUGCGGGCCCCAAAGACAAACAUCUUGCAGGACGAUCUUGUCCUUAAAUGUUGUUUUGUUUUGAAGAUGUUCUCCGCAAUACUUCGAAGCACCAUAACUGCCCAGAAGGUGUGGCACCUGGCAAGACCCUCACCCAAAUGUCGGACGUUGUUACUUACCAGAGCAACUAAUCCGGGCAGGUCAGACCCUCCACAUAUAAAUUGGGUAUGCUCCUCCAGGUGGCCAACACUGAGAACCGGGGUAAUCCAAAAGACUCAUGCAGCCACGUUCACAGCAAGGAACCAAUAUUUCCAUUCCUCUGUGGUGAGGCUGAAAAAGCGAGAAGAGCCCGAGCCUCCUCCCAGAGAGCUGGACCUGCUGCGCUAUGACAUGAAGGACUUCUGGAAGAGUCCCAAACCCGCUCUCUGGCUGGGGUUCGCCGGGCUGAUCCCGUUUGUCGCCCCGACUCUCUUCAUGGGCGUCGUCGAGAUCUGCUACACGGAGCUGGCCUACGCUCAGGUGGCCUACGGAGCCUCCAUCAUUUCCUUCCUGGGCGGGUCUCGUUGGGGAUUCGCUCUCCCCGAGAGCAGCCCUGCCAAACCCGACUGGAUAAACCUGGGCAACAGCGUGGCGUGCCCGCUCCUGGCCUGGGCCGCCAUGUUGAUGGCCGACAACGUUGUUUCUGCAGCCACUAUGGUCAUCAUAGCACUGGGGAUCUCUCUUCACUAUGACCUGUCACUGCUGCCCACCUACCCCAGCUGGUUCAAAGCCCUGCGAACCGUUUUGACCAUCGUGGCCUCUGCGUCUCUUGUGGGCACGAUCGUCGGGAUCAACGUAUAUCCAACAAAGAAAUUGUUUUCAGAGUAAGAAAUCAUGCAGAGAGUACAAUCCCGAUUGCAUUCGUGGUCGUUACGGCAGAGAGGAUGUUUUGUUUCCAUCUUGUCCUGAUCCUGGAUAUGAAUAAUUGUGAAGUUUGAGCAAAGCAAUAUAAAGAUUAAACAUAAAACUACACAGAAAGCCCGGCUCACGGUGGUCUGGAAUUGUCAAUGGGAGCUGAGGAGUACAACCUUUGAUUGCAUGAAUAAUUGAUGUUCUGUUACAACUAAAAGUUGUAAACUCUUGUUGUUGAAGUGUGUUGUGCUUAUUGCUUGUCAUUUAAUUAACAUUGUUAGGGACCGAGUCCUUUUGGGACAGAGGACCCUAUUGAAUUUCUAGCGUUUUAUUAUUAUACCGCCGCCUCUUUGAGCUGUAAUUUGACCCCCUUAACACGCUUCAAAACUCACCAAAUUGGACACACAUCAGGACUGGCGAAAAUUGCGAUCUAAUCAAAAAACCAAACCCCAAAACACAAAAUUGCGCUCCAGAGCCCCCUAGUAAGAAAACACUGCCUGUAACUCCCAGUAGGAAUGUCGUAGAGACAUGAAACAAAAACCUCUAUGUAGGUCUCACUUACCCCUAGAUUUCAUACACUGACAACCUCAGCAAAACUCAACAGGAAGUUUGCAAUUCCCCCUUCAAAACAAAAGUUGAGUGAAAACAGUCACCUUUUUUCAAACAUUAUCUCCUCUGAGCGCGUUUGUCGUGUCGGCUUCAAAUUAGCACAGGAGAGAGAUUGAACCCUUCUGAUUAAAAGUUGAUGAAAGAGUUUUAAUUACUGCUCCGGUUUGGAUUUUAUGAGCCCUCAAAGUCGGUCCCGUCCAUCGCUGCUUGCAGCUUUAAUUACAUGUGUAUUUGUCGCCAUCAUGUGGUCAGGGCAGUUACUACAUCUUUGAGAAGUGUGU